GUCACUCCAAAUCUUGCCGACAUGGAGUUUUUUCCGAUUUUACUUUUAGUUAUAAUUGCGGUAUUAUAGUAUUGCAAUCAAUAAUUAUUAAAAUAGACCAAUUUAAAUGACGAUAUUUUAACAACAGCAGCCAUGGCAAGAAGGUAUCGUGAUGCCGCUGCGAAACUGCAGCAAAGUGUUCAAAAACAUUUGAAUGUUAUGAAAGAAGUGUCUUCUUCGGAAGACGACGAACCAUUCGACCAAAAUGUAUUAGAUGGAGUGUUCCAGAGUUAUUGGCGAGGGGGUGGCGAUAAACAAAUGCUUAAUAGAACUAAGAAUCUUUUAGAAGAAGCUAUAAGUGGUCGGUCUGUUACGUGUCUAAUUUGUAUCGGUUCUAUUAAACGAGUAAACGCAAUCUGGACCUGUGGUCACUGCUACUCAUAUUUUCAUCUUUCAUGUAUACAAAAGUGGUCGAAUGAUAGUAUAAGCUUACGGAGUGAAGAAAAUCAUGGCCCUAUCGCAGUGUUUUUACCAAAAAAAAUUGAAUGGUGUUGUCCAAAAUGUAGACAGUCUUAUAGCAAAGAAGAAAUACCUCGUAAAUAUCGUUGUUUUUGUGGCAAGACUGACGACCCUCCUUUUCAUCCUUGGUUAAUACCGCACACAUGUGGAGAGGUGUGCGGUAAAAGACUGUCUAUUGGAGACAAUUGUAUGCAUAAAUGUCUAUUGCUCUGUCACCCUGGUCCUUGCCCCCCGUGUCCCCAGACCGUAAAUGGAGUAUGUUACUGCGAGAAAGAACAUAAAAAAGUAAGAUGCAGUGCUGCUAAAUGGUCAUGUAUGCAGCAGUGUAAAAAAGUUUUGCCAUGUAAAUCCCAUGUAUGUGAAAAUGUAUGCCAUAUUGGAGACUGUCUUCCUUGUAAUUAUACAAGCUUGCAGUCAUGUCAGUGUGGGGCUGAAAAGACAAAACGGCCAUGCAAUGACCUAAAAUGGCAAUGUACAAAACAAUGUAAUAAAUCAUAUUCCUGCGGGUACCAUAAAUGUGAAAAGGUAUGCCAUACAGGCAGUUGUGGGGUGUGUCCAAAUUCAGGAAUCAGGUCCUGCCCCUGUGGAGCCAACCAACGUUUCAUUCAAUGUCCAGAUGCUAUAGAAACCUGUGUCAGCACUUGUGGAAAGCAACAUGAUGACUGUGAGCAUAAAUGCCCAGCAAAAUGCCACAAAGGACCCUGUCCACCAUGCCAAGUCUUGAUUGAAAAGAAAUGCCAUUGUUCAACACACACCAGAUCGCUACCAUGCAGCAAAGAGUUUAGAUGUGAAACGAAAUGUAGAGGCACAAGAUUGUGCGGUAAACAUGGAUGCGGAAGAAAAUGCUGCAAUGGGAACUGUCCUCCAUGUGAAAAGGUUUGUGAUAAAUCUUUACAGUGCGGCCGACAUAAGUGUACUACUGUCUGUCAUCAUGGGCCAUGCUAUCCGUGUCCAUUAGAAUCAAAAGUUACUUGUCGUUGCAAAGAAACAUAUGUCACUGUUCCAUGCGGUAGAGAAAAAAACACAAAACCACCAAAAUGCAAUCUCCCAUGCAAAAUUAAAUACAAAUGUGGCCAUACGGAUGAGAACAAACACACUUGCCAUUUUGGUGACUGUCCACCAUGCAAAGCAAUUUGUAACAAAUUAUAUAAAAAAUGCAGUCAUAAUUGCACGGCUACUUGCCAUGAAUAUGUUUUGGUUGUUUUUAAACAGGUGGAAAAACCUGCCACACCUUGGGAAGUUCAACCACCAAAGUCUAAAAUAAUGGCAAUUGAUUGCCCUCCUUGUGAAAGUCCAGUUGAGGUAACAUGUUAUGGAGAACAUGAAACAGACACUCAAGCUUGUCAUAAAGCAGGGCGAAGGCCUUGUGGACGUGAAUGCGGUCGCCCACUUGCAUGUGGAAACCAUUCAUGCGAACUGUUAUGUCACUUAUAUCAAUAUGACCCAGACUAUUCAAAUGUGCCUUACACUUGUAAACCUUGUAACAGAGAGUGCUCUGUACCCCGUCCAAAGAAAUGCACUCAUAAAUGUGCAAAACGCGGUUGCCAUCCAAGGCUGUGUCCACCAUGUGAUACUAUUGAAAGAGUGGCAUGUUAUUGUGGUAUAACAGAUUUAUACUUACGUUGUCGGGAACUUUCUACGGCAACAGAUGAUAUGCUCAGUUGUAAACAACAGUGCUCAAGAAAUUUAGACUGCGGUCACCGUUGUAGAAGUUUAUGCCAUCCCGGACCAUGUGGACAAAAUCAGAUUUGUAUUAAAAGAACUAAAAUUCACUGUCCUUGUGGUAAUUUAAAGAAAGAAGUCCCUUGUAUUUCUGUUCGAAAUGGAGAUAUCACGAUACAAUGUGAUGAAAUUUGUAAUGCUAAAAAAAUUGCCUUAAAGCUAGAAAGGGAAAAGCAAGAAAAGAGGUUAAAAGAAUUAGAGGAAGAGAGAAAUCGUAAAGAGUUAGAAGAAUAUGAAUGGAAACUAAGCGGAAAGAAAAAGAGAUACAAGGAGAAGAAAAUAGUUAUAAACAAAGAUGACCGCAAUUUGGUUCAAAAAUAUUGGGUUCCUAUUUUAUCAGUAGUGGUAGUUAUUUCGGCUGGUGUUUAUUACAUUUUUAAUAUUUAGUGUGAUAAGGAAUAAUUAUGUAACAUAAAUAAUCUUAGGGUUGUGAAUUAAUUAAUUCAUGUAAGAUUUUAUCUUGCUGCAUGCUAUAAUACUGGUAUAAUGGAUGUUUUUUGUAUAUACUAUUUUAUUAUAAUCUGCACAUAAUUGUCAUUAUGAGUAAAUGUUAACAAAGAAAGAAUUGUUUACACAUAUUGUACUUGUUUGAGAGACAUGAAAAAGUCAAGAUUAAUUAUCAUCUAAUAUAUAUUGUAUAGUUAUACUGAAAUGACAUUAAAUAUAA